AUGAAUCCUGUGUGGAAGGUUUACAAGAGCAAGGUGCUGAAGACCCUGAACCCGGAGUAUGAGGAGGACGCUGCCGAGGAGGUCACAGAGGUGGAGAAUGAAAUGAGUCCAGUGCAGGAGGAGGAGGGGCCUAACGCAGUCUCCCAACUGGCCAGGAAAAUGCAAGGGGCCGGGGCCAAAAGCUGGAACAGAUUCUCAACUCUGUUCAACAAAGAUGAUGAGCACCAGCUCCUGGAGGAGACCGAGAGCCCACCGGUCCCUGACCAUCCUCUUGCAGUGAGGCCCGAGGAGCCUCCUCGACCCUCCAGACGCUCAGGAUUCUGGGAUAGCUUUUCAGCCAACUGGGCCGCCAAGAAGCAGGCGGAGGCCGCAGCUGCAGCCGCCGCUGCCGCAAGCGAGGUGGUGGAAGGCCAAGGUGAGGCGGUGGAGGUGGAGACAGAGGCCGGAGGGCAGGAGAACCUGGACGUGGAGAUCACUGAGGGAGAGGAGAGCGAAGAAGGAGGAGGAAGGAGCAACAACAGCUUCUCCAAAUACGUGUCGCUGGGAGGAGGCAGCGAGGACACCUCCUUCAAGUGGAACUUUGUCACCAGUAAGCUGGCAGAGCUGAAGACCAAGAGCACGACCAAGACCAACUAG